UAAAUAUAGAUGGCUAUGGAGGUCGUAUGAAUAGUCCCAUGAAUGGUCGUUUUGGUGGAGGUUUCGGUCCUGUUGGUGGAAGAGCCUUUGGAGGAACUGGCCAUUGUGUGCACAUGAGAGGCUUACCUUUUAGAGCUAUUGAGCAAGAUAUUUAUGAUUUUUUUAGACCAUUAAAUAUAUCACCUAUAAGUGUUCGUUUGCGAAAUGACAGAAGUGGCCGUCCAUCUGGUGAAGCUGAUGUUGAAUUUGCAACUCAUGAAGAUGCUGUGAAAGCUAUGACUAGAGAUAAAGCAAAUAUGCGUAAGACAAUCACAUUGUUAUUACUAUUCAAAAUUGCAUGUUGCUGUAUUUUGGUCUCUCUUCUAAAUUGCAAAUUUAUUAUUUUUUUUCUUAAUAUAAAUUUUAUUUAUAACAGCACUUUCAUUUUGUGCUGCUGUUCUAAAGCUUGUUUCGUUAAUUUCUUAAUUUAA